AUGUCGAAGCUCUCACCAAGACUCAAGUCGCUCAUCAACGCGGCGCAUUCGCGCCCAGGCCCCGUACCAGCGCCACCAAGGAUACAGGCUGUAUACAAGCGCAUAGAGCAAGAAGCCACAGAUCGCAAGCUUGGGCGACCGUCAUGGCUCGGCAUCUCGACAGCCGCGACCAUGACGAUGAACUCGCCCGAGUCGAUGAUGGCCCUGUACAACAGCUCAGCUACCGCCAGACCAGAGAGUGAAGGUGUCGCGAUAGCAGAAUUCAUGCGCGAGAUCGGUCUGAAGUGCAUCGGCUUCAAUGGCAUACCGCGCACCAUCAACAUGUUGAACGCCUUUCGCGCCGAACUCCCCUCGUCAGUCGCGUCCUCCCUAAACACCAAACCUACGCGCUUCCCAGACCCCUCCAACAUCGAACACAUCAACAAACGCGGACGCGCUCUCUGGGAUGCCAUCUACCGCCCCCUAGAAACAAAACUCGAACACAAGCUCGGCGACGCGCAUCCCGAUCUGCCCGUCUUCAUCAUCAACAAUGAAUACGGCGGCCUCUUCACCGACCCUCCCCGCAGAGAAGGAGCCACCGUGGGCCGCAUAACAACCAGCUUAAUCGCCAUCACAUGCUUGAGGGCGCAGCAAGGAGUCGGACCCCAAGUGCUCAGCCACGUCUUUGGCCUAAGGAAGGCUUGGGAAGAUGGCACCUGGAAGCAAGAGCCUGAAGCUGGCCAAGAGGAGGGCAUCAAAUGGUUGGUUAGCGACGAAGGGUGUACAUGGAUCCUGGAGAAGGUCGAUGAGCUUGUUGAAGCUCUUGGGGGAGGACAGGGGAGCACCUUUGCACCCAUCAAAUCUAAGCUUUAA